UCUUCCUCCUCCACUCCUCAUUUCUCUAAACACUCACACACCAUAACUCAAAAUAGUUAUAAAAAAGUGUGAAGAAGAGAAAGAAAAUAAAAAUGGAAGAACCUAAAUUCAUAAUAGAAGUAUCAGAAGCAAAAUCAUUAACCCAAUCAACAAACCUAACCCUAACCCAACUCCUCCCCACCAUUGUCAAAUCAUCCCAACCAUUAGCCCGUGUCCCUAUCUCCAAAUUCCAUGUUGCGGCCGUCGCAGUUGGAAUCUCCGGUCGAAUCUUCAUCGGUGUCAAUGUCGAAUUCCCUAACCUUCCUUUUCACCAUACCAUCCAUGCAGAACAAUUUCUCUUAACAAACCUCUCCCAUAACAAAGAAACUCAAAUUCAAUACCUUGCAGUCUCCGCUGCACCUUGUGGCCAUUGCCGCCAGUUUCUUCAAGAAAUUCGUGGCGCCGGAGAUAUUCCUCUCCUCAUAACAUCUGACUUGGAGAAAACUGCGAAAACUGAGUUUACAUCUCUUUCUGAAUUCCUUUCUCAUCCUUUUGGUCCUCAUGAUCUUCUACCUAAACAUGUUCCUCUACUCCUAGAGCCUCGUCAUAAUGAUUUGUGUUUUAUAGAAAUAGAAGGUCCGAUCACAAAUUCAAUAAAGCCACACCUGAAGGAUGCAGCACUGAAAGCUGCGAAUGAAUCACAUGCGCCGUACAGUGACUCACCUUCAGGUGUGGCUUUAUUGGAUUCACGUGGGAAUGUUUAUAAAGGUAGUUAUAUGGAAUCAGCAGCUUAUAAUCCUAGCAUGGGACCGGUUCAGGCUGCUUUGGUGGCUUUUAUUGUUGGCGCCAGGGACGGUGCAGCGGAGUAUGGAGAAUUGGUGGAAGCGGUUUUGGUGGAGAAAGAGGAUGCAGUGGUGAAACAGGAGGAUACGGCAAGGCUGUUGCUUAGGUCCAUCGCACCUCAAUGUAGCUUCAAUGUGUUUCUUUGCAGUUCCAAUAAUAAAAUCUAAUUGAUCUUGUUAUUUAGAUGGUGGGUCAAAUCCACCAUCUACAUGGUAAAAACAACAUAAUGGAAUCUAUUUCCAACUAAAGGAUGAUAGAUCCAUGUUCUUGUGAGCACAAUCAUGAUAGUCCAGCUUAAAAGAAGGGUGGGGUGCCAUUCUUUAAAAGAUGAUGUUUUUAUCUUCUAGUAUGGACAUAAAAAAUACGUGGCAUUAGUACUUUUUGGACCACCUCUCUUUUUAUCUCUUCUCACACACCAAUUGGGUAUCUUAUGAAGAAUGAUUUGGUGAGGUUGAAGAUUUUAAUCUUUAGAUAUACAUGCAUUUGUUAAGCAAAAAUUAAUUCUAUUAUAAGAAAGCUUAGUGACAAAUUCGUCCCAUA